ACUACUUUUAGAGCUCAGUAAGUUAGUGCUCACAGUUCAGUGAGUGUGCAUAACCGUUUUCUAAAACUUGGAUCCUUGACUUGGACGGUCAUUAAGAAACGCAAGGAUAUUAAUUUAACCGUGUCUUCGGAAAUGACAGAUAAAAUGGACGAACUGAGUGAUAUACAAAACUUUUAUAAGGGAAAAACAAUUUUCAUUACCGGUGGUACGGGGCUCAUGGGAAAAGUACUGGUUGAAAAGUUACUUUAUAGUUGUAGUGAUCUUAAUAAAAUUUAUUUAUUAUUGAGACCAAAGAGAGGCAGAAGUGCUGAAUUGCGAAUAAAUGAAAUGUUCAAAUUACCUAUGUUUAAUAGAAUUCGAAAGCAAAAACCAAAUGUCAUCAAGAAAGUAAUACCACUACAAGGCGAUGUGAUGCAGGAAAAUUUUGGUUUAAAUGACGAGCAAAUUGAAACUGUUCGAGAAGAAGUUCAAAUUAUAUUUCAUUUUGCGGCUACACUCAGAUUGGAGGCAAAAUUGAAGGACGCCAUCGAAAUGAAUACGGUAGGAACCAAAAGGAUUCUCGAGUUGAGCAAAGGGAUCAGGAAUCUCGUGGCUUUUGUUCAUUUGAGCACGGCAUUUUGUCACGUGGAUCAGGAUGAGCUUGGAGAACGAGUCUACGAUUCACCGGAUGAUCCACAGGACGUGAUGCGCCUCAUUCAAUGGCUGGAUGAAAGUGCUAUUGAUCUCAUCACACCCAAGUUGCUGGAACCUCAUCCGAAUACAUACACGUAUUCGAAGCGUUUAGCAGAAAAACUUGUUGCCGACGAACAUCCAAAUUUGCCGAUCGCAAUUGCCAGACCAUCAAUUGUGACACCGGCUUGGUCAGAACCUAUGCCAGGAUGGGUUGACAAUUUAAAUGGACCUGUUGGAUUACUCGUCGGUGGCGGGAAAGGAGUUAUUCGAUCAAUGCACUGUAAUGCCAAUUAUCAUGCGGAAGUAAUUCCCGUCGACUUAGCUAUUAACGCCUUAAUUGGAAUUUCUUUCAAGACAGCAGUCACCGUGGAAAAAGCAAAAAACAUACCUGUUUAUAAUAUAACACAAAGUGGAGUUUUGCCAAUUACCUGGGGUGAAAUUUUGCAGAAGGGCAAAAAAGUCGUCCAUGAAUAUCCCUUCGAGGGUGCAAUUUGGUAUCCAGAUGGUGACAUUCGUGGCAGUAAAUUUGUCCAUAAUCUUUUCAUAUUCUUCUUUCAUCUUAUUCCAGCGUAUUUCAUCGAUUUCCUCAUGUUUCUGUUUAGACAAAAAAGAUUCAUGGUGAGAAUACAAAAGCGAAUUUCGGAUGGACUUGAAGUAUUACAAUACUUUACUACUAGAGAAUGGGUUUUUCACAAUACAAAUCUUCUCAUACUGUGGGGCGAUAUGAGUCCAAAGGACAAGGUGCUAUUUCCGAUAGAUUUUCUGACAAUAGACGAAAUGGAAUAUAUAAAACACGUUGUCCUUGGGGCAAGACAAUAUUGCAUGAAGGAAAAUUUGUCAUCAUUGCCGAGAGCUCGACUGCAUCAAAAAAUGCUUUACGUAAUCCAUUUAAUUGCCGUCUACUCGUUCUAUUUUGGAAUUCUUUACUACAUGUACAAAUAUUUUGACAUAGUGCGAAUUACUUUGGAUUUUCUCACGGAAAAAAUGAAAUUCAUCCCAGUUAUUGGACAUUUGGUGACUAAAUUUCAUCCAUAAGGAAAUUUUUUUUCAAUAAGAAUUUUCAACAAGUUUUCUAAAAUUUUCCAAAAAUUGAAAUAAUUUUUCUAAAUUAUUUUAAAAUUAUUAAUAUAAAUUGUAAAUUCUAAAAAUUGUACGAAAGGAAAAUUGUAUUUCUAUUCGAUUAAUUAGAUAGCAAUUAUCAUAUGACAAUAUAUACUUUUUUUCAAUGGUUUCGAAUUAUUGUUAAGUGUGGGAAUUAUUCUAAUAUAUAAGCAAACAAUUAAUAAGUAGUGUUAUGAAAUAGUAAUUAAAUAUAUUAGCCUACGUUUUUAUUGAUUAUCGUUAAAAUAAAUUCAUGGCAGAUACUCCUAAAAAUAGAUGGCCUAUAACAGCUUUAAUCUUUUUUUUACACUUUAUAUUAAACAUACACUUAGGUGUUUGUAUUUUUAGGAGUAUUUGCAUUUCACUCAGAAAAAAAUACUUCAUAGAUUAGAAGAAAUUUAGUUGUGAAAGAAUUAUUUUUAUAUUUUAUAUAGAUAUUUAAUUGGAAGUUUAAUUAAAUAUUUCAUAUAUUAUACAGGGUUGCCAGAAGAAUUUGAUUUUCUUUCAAUUCCAGAAAGAAAAUUAUAACUUUUUCCCUUAUCAGUAUUUAAAAAAAAAAAUUCAAUACGAGUUCGAUUAGUAAUAAAAAGAUCGAGGCAAAAACAUUUAUGAUUUAAAACUUUAAGGGUGUCUAUCAACAUAUUUUAAAAAUUAAAUUAUUUACUGUAGCGAAUUUUCAUGUCAAAAACUUCAGAAAAAUUCAUUUUUUUGUGUAGAAUUUUAGAAAAUUGCAAUUAUUCG